UGCCCACUGCGAGCCCUGACUUUGGCUCAACUCUCGCCGAGCCCCGAGCCCUGCACAUAUGGGACGAUGAGAGCGGUCCCCCAUGAGCUCCGAGCCUUUGUCUCUGCCAGGAGAAGGAGGAGGAGGAGGCGCCCGGAGCUGCCCCGCGUCCCCUGAGAGCCUCGCCCGCCCGUGGGCUCCCGCAGGACGAUGCUCGCCUGCCUGGCCAGGGGCAGUUUGCUGGAUAUUCUGCAGGAGGGCUUCACAGAGCACCAGCUCCAGGCAUAUGUGGCCUGGGUGAAUUCCCAGCUGAAGAAGAAGCCAGCAGCAAAGCCAGUGCAGGACCUGAGACAGGAUCUGCGGGAUGGAGUCACCCUGGCUCUGCUCAUUGAGAUUGUGGCUGGUGAGAAGCUCAGUGGCAUUGAGGCCAACCCCACCAGCCAGCAGGAGAUGAGGGACAAUGUGGAGAAAGUCCUACAGUUUGUGGCAUCCAAGAAGAUCCGCAUGCACCAGACAUCAGCUAAAGACAUCGUCGACGGGAACCUGAAGUCCACCAUGAGGCUGAUCCUGGCCUUGGCCGCCCACUUCAAGCCGGGCUCCGGGAGGGCCGCGGGUGCCAGCGGGGCUGGCGUGGCGGGGAAGGGCUGGGCAGUGCCCACGGGCAGCCACAGGCCCCGCUCUGCCGCUGCCAUGGCCCAGGGGGCAGUGGCUGCCCUGGCCGAGGUCCGGCAGGACGUGCUGCACUCCGGCCGGGACGUGUUCCGCCACAGGCACCGAAACAGCAGCAUGGAUGAGGAGAUUGAAAAUCCCUACUGGAGUGUCCGGGCACUGGUGCAGCAGUAUGAGGGGCAGCAGAACGUGCCACACGAGUCCCACUCCUCCAGCCUCACAUCACCCAGCCCCGUCCACAGUGCAAAGAGUGAAUCCACUGUAGCCCCGUCAGAGGAGAAGGAGAGGCUUGUGAUCCUCCAGGUUGAAGAAACAGAAACUAAAACAGAGGAGACUGAUUCCCAUCUCCAGCCUGAGUGGCAAGCAGGGAACUCUGGCUCUUACCUGGAGAACUCAUGGGAGGAGCAGCUUUUGGAACAACAGGACCACUUGGAAAAGGAGAUGGAGGAAGCAAAAAAAAUGAUUUCGGGCUUGCAGGCUUUGUUGCUCAAUGGCUCUUUACCUGAGGACGAGCAGGAAGGGUCCUUUGAGCUUUGUGAACGUGGGGCCUGCCCUGAAGAGCAGCUGAUCAUAAUCCGAAGUCGCCUGGACCAGAGUGUGGAAGAAAACCAAGACCUAAAGAAGGAGCUACUGAAAUACAAACAAGAAGCUCGAAACCUGCAGGGGAUAAAGGAUGCCCUCCAGCAGAGGCUGAUCCAGCAGGAUGCUUCAGUCCUGCAGCUGAAGCAGGAGCUGCUGAGAGCAAACAUGGACAAGGAGGAGCUGCACAACCAGAACGUUGAUCUUCAGAGGAAGCUGGAGGAGAGAAACCGGCUGCUGGCAGAGUACAAAAAGGAGCUGUGCCAGAAGGACCGGCACCUGCAGCAGCACCAGACCAAGCUGGACGAGAUGCUCAGGCAGCUGUCCGAGGCCAGCUACCAACAGGUACGGACUGGGGGGCUGCACUGGUGCCCUGGCACUCACCUGGCUGGCUCAGUGCCCGUGUUGACUCCUCUCCUCCCCUCCCAGGUGGAUUUGGAGCGGGAGCUGGAGCACAAGGAGGCCCUGCUGGCUCACUGCAUGAAGAGGGAGGCUGAGGAGGUGCUGGCUUACAGCAGCCACAGUGCUCAGAGCAAUGGCUUUCUCCAGACAGCAGGAAAAGGAGCCGCUCCCACGGCCCACCGAGGGGCAAACGACCUGCAGCUGGUCCGGGACGCCCUUCGCAGCCUCAGGAACAGCUUCAGCGGCCACGACCCCCAGCACCACACCAUCGACAGCCUGGAGCAGGGCAUCGCCAGCCUCAUGGAGCGCCUGCACCGCGUGGAGACGCAGAAGAGGCAAGAGAGAAGGGUGCGGGGGAAAUCGCCGGCCAGCAGAGCCACCAACGAGUGCAGAGACUCCUGGCCUCCCAAAUCCAAGCUGCCUCACUCUCACAGCACCCCAGUGAUGAGCACCAGUGCCUGCACCAAAGUGUUGUACUUCACCGACCGCUCCCUCACCCCCUUCAUGGUCAGCAUACCAAAGAGGUUAGGGGAAGUGACCCUGAAGGAUUUCAAGGCAGCUAUUGAUCGGGAGGGAACCCACAGGUACCACUUCAAAGCCCUGGAUCCGGAGUUUGGCACAGUCAAGGAGGAGGUAUUCCAUGAUGAUGACAUCAUUCCUGGCUGGGAGGGGAAAAUUGUGGCCUGGGUGGAAGAAGACCACGGGGAGAAUUAAUGGAGCUUCCAAGCCUCGUUGCUAUGGAAACCUGCGACUGGCUGCCGAGCUCCAAGGGUGACCAGCGAGGCGCUGAGAGCUGGGAGGAAAGAGGCCAACUCGAGCUGCCAAAACAAAAACAAACCACCCAGCCUCUCUGCAAACAGCGGGUACUGCAUGUGGUGUGCGUGGGCACUGCCCCCUGACCCCGCCAUGCCCAGGUGGAGGUGGUGUCCUGGGACUGGAAGGACGGGUCUGUGGGGAGGAAACACCUUUGUCCUGUCAGCGAAACCCUGGAGGCCUUAAUGAUGCUCUGCCCCCUCGUCCUGCUCCCCCUGCUCCUGUGACGUCCUGUGGGCUCACCUGGGCACUUGGAGCCUGGUUCCUUGUGCUGGUGUUACAUAAAUAUGCACUGAUGGCA